AUGCCAGAGAGAGUUUGUCUGUUUCAUGGUCAGAACUAUCUCAAGCUGAAGCAAGCAUGUUUGCGACGUGGAGCACUUUUUAAAGACCCACACUUCCCUGCCUGUACUCAGUCAUUGUUCUACAAGAGAACGCCACCCCCAGGACUCACAUGGAAAAGACCAAGGGAACUAUGUAAAGACCCACGACUUUUUGUGGAUGGAAUCAGUACCAGAGAUCUACAUCAGGGCAGUCUGGGUAACUGCUGGAUGGUGGCAGCUACUUCCUGUCUUGCAACAGAACCAUCACUUUGGAAGAAGGUCAUCCCAGAUCAUGUGGAGCAGGAAUGGAACCCCAAGUGCCCACACCUAUAUGCAGGAAUCUUUCACUUCUGCUUCUGGCGUUCGGGUCAGUGGAUGGAUGUGGUGGUGGAUGACCGCUUACCUGUCAGUGAGGAUGGAACUCUGCUCUUCUGUUGCUCAGCCACACCACGGGAGUUUUGGAGUGCCCUGCUGGAGAAAGCUUAUGCCAAGCUCAAUGGCUGUUAUGAAGCCUUAGAGGGAGGAAACACUGCAGAAGCUCUGGUAGAUUUCACUGGAGGAGUAUCUGAACCAUUGAGUUUGAAUGGAGAGACUUUGAGCCAGCAUGGCGACCAAAGGAGGGCGCUGUUUCAGAUGCUAGCCAAAGCACACAGCUGUAAAUCUCUCAUCACAUGCUCCAUACGGCCAGCUGAAGGAGAGCAGGUGGAAUCUGUGUUGGAAUGUGGUUUAGUUAAGGGCCAUGCAUAUGGUAUAACUGCACUUAGGAAGAUCCGUGUUGGGGAAAAUCUGCUAGCUGUUUGUGAAAAAUCCUGGCUGUACAUGGUGUGCAUGAGGAACCCAUGGGGCACAGCAGACUGGACUGGAGCCUGGAGCCAGGGGUCACAGCAAUGGCAGCAGGUGGGCCGAUGUCAGAGAGAGAAGAUGGGGCUGAUUGUCAGAGAUGUUGGAGAAUUUUGGAUGGAAUUUGAGGACUUCUGCCACUACUUCACAGAUAUGGUGGUGUGCAGGCUGGUGGAACGACACCUAUUCUGGCAUUGGGGUCACUGGAGAGAGACACAUUGUACUGGAGAGUGGACUCAUGCUCCUCGAGACUCAACAAGACCAACUGUUUCUCAAUCCUCCAACACCCAGGGUGUCUCCUCAAGUUCUCAGAGGUCUGUUCCAGCUUCUGCCCCAAGAGGAGAUAGGAAAGAAGAAAGGCUGAGUGAAAGGCAGUUGCAUGAAUGGAGGGAUCACACAGUGAAGGAGAAGAAAUUGAAACAUGAACAGAAAGCUGGGCCAUCACAAAGAGGAGAGAAGACAACAAAGAAGAAUGAAGAUGAGUUUAAAGGAAAAGAGAAAGGCAUAGUGGAUGAAAGUUGGGCGAGAGAGAUGAACAAGAGAAGUAGAUGUGGGGGAUGUAUUAACCACAGAGACACAUUUCUUCAUAAUCCUCAGUUCAUGUUCGAGUUGGGAGGAAAGGGGGAUGAGGUGCUCAUAUGCCUGCAGCAAGAGGACAGAAGGAUGAAACGGAGGGAAGGAGGAGGUGAAAAUCUUCCAAUUGGUUUUGAGGUGCUGAGGGUCGAGGUGAACCGUGUGAGUAGGGUGCAGUGUUUUACUGAACUGGCAGCCAGUUCAAUCUACAUGGACUCGCGUAGCAUUACCCUGCGUGUAACUCUUGACCCUGGGCGCUAUGCCGUCUUACCCACCACUUUCCAGCCCGGGGUUACUGGCCGCUUCCUUCUCCGACUCUUCUCUCACAGACACGUCAAACUCACGGAGCUGAAGGAGGAGUUGCCUGCUCACUCUCUGUGGCAGUGUUGUGUGCCUCAGCCAUGUGCUGUUGUUACAGUGCACCUUCACAGAGCCUCCACACUCAGCAAGCCCAAACAUCCAGCUCCAGAUGUAUAUGCUGUUAUUAAGUGUGAGCAGGACACUGUAAGGACACGUGUAUUUAAAAAAGAUGGAAGUCCUGAAUUUAACACUAAAGCCAUUUUCUACAGGAGGAACCCUAAGAAGAAAAUCUGCAUAGAGCUAUGGGGAAGAGGUUUGCUGUUUGACUCCUUCCUGGGAAGAGCUCAUCUUCAAACAGGGGCCAGUGAACGAGGACGGACCAGAGUGAUUGAAAUGCAAGGUGGUCGGUCUCGUGGCUGCAUCUAUGUAGAGACUUCCACCAGUCAGUGCCUGACAGACUUAUGACAUUUCCAUUGACUUGUACAGUGGAACUGAGCUAUUACUAAAAUCUGAAAACUGACUAGAAAAGCCAGCU